UCCGUGCACCUGAGCCGCACUGUAGCACUGCUCGUCUAGUCCCUCCCUUAAACCUCCAUCCCGCAUUUCCCGGCUCCGUUCAGACCCGAACACUCUGUCUCGUCUUCUCUCUUGCUUCCUUCGAGCUCGCGGUUGCUUCGGUGACUGUCAGUCAUAAUCCAUCCUGCUGAUUGCAUUAAUCUCGGGCAGUCCUUUGGGGAAUUCUGAAUGUCAAUCACUUCAUAGUGUUUCAGUGCUCUUUAUCACAAUGGCUUCCAGGGCAAUUUUAAGGAGGAGGAGUCUCAUUUCUAAUCAUCUAAAUACUUCUCCUCGCUCAAUUCAAUCUGUUCAAAGCCUUUUACGAGGACAGGCCUGCAGAGAUUUGGAUUCCGAGCAUUGCAGCUCCAAUGUGGAGACUCUAUCAGCAGAUCCUAGUUGCAGUACUAAUGUGGUUGCUACCUUAGCAGCAAAAGACAUAUUGGUCAGCUUUCCCAGAUAUGGGCAUUUUUUGCAAAGUUGGGGAAUCCCCCUGUCUGAGACUGGAAUUAAUGUUAACAUGUCUUCUCCAUGGAAGAGGUGGAUGUUGCAUCCAAUUCGCAAUGCUUCCACAGCUGCAGCUAAGCAGCAGGAACUGGGUAGCGAUGAUGAAGAAAACGAAGAAGCAAUUGCCAAAAAGAGAAAAGAAGCAUCUCCAGAAGAUUGUGAUCAAGCUGUUGCUGGUUUGAGUUCUGCGAGAGCAAAGGCAAAGGCCAAACAGCUACCAAGUUCACAAAGAAUGGUGAGUUCCGUUCUUCAUAGAGUGUGGACCACACUUUUGGGAAUUGGUCCUGCUUUAAGAGCUGUGGCCUCCAUGAGCAGGGAGGACUGGUCUAAGAAGCUAGCUCAUUGGAAAGCAGAAUUUUUGUCGACGAUGCAACACUAUUGGAUGGGCACCAAGUUGUUGUGGGCUGAUGUGAGGAUUAGCUCGAGAUUGCUUUUGAAACUUGCAGAUGGGAAGAGUCUAUCCAGAAGAGAAAGACAGCAGCUUACUCGAACGACAGCUGAUAUUUUUAGGCUUGUGCCCUUUGCGGUGUUUAUAAUUGUUCCGUUCAUGGAAUUUCUGCUGCCUGUAUUUCUGAAAUUGUUCCCCGAUAUGUUGCCUUCAACUUUUCAAGACAAGAUGAAAGAACAGGAGGCAUUGAAACGGAGGCUAAAUGCUAGAAUUGAAUAUGCAAAGUUUUUGCAAGAUACUGUCAGGGAAAUGGCUAGAGAGAUUCAAAACUCGCGAAGUGGUGAAAUCAAGAAGACAGCAGAAGAUCUUGAUGAAUUUUUGAACAAGGUCAGAAGAGGUGCACGUGUGUCAAAUGAAGAAAUUUUGGGUUUUGCAAAGUUGUUCAAUGAUGAACUUACGCUCGAUAACAUUAGCAGAUCUAGGCUAGUCAGUAUGUGUAAAUAUAUGGGAAUCAGCCCAUUUGGAACAGAUGCAUAUUUGCGCUACAUGCUGCGUAGAAGGCUUCAAAGGAUUAAAGAAGAUGAUAGAUUAAUACAAGCAGAGGGUGUGGAAUCGCUAUCAGAAGAUGAACUUCGCGAAGAUUGCAGAGAACGAGGUAUGCUUGGACUACUUUCGGUCGAAGAAAUGCGCCAACAGCUUCGUGAUUGGUUGGAUCUGUCUCUUAAUCACUCUGUACCAUCUUCUCUUUUGAUCCUUUCCAGGGCCUUCACUGUGUCUGGAAAGCUGAAACCAGAGGAAGUUGUUGGAGCCACGCUCUCUUCACUUCCUGAUGAGGUUGUGGACACUGUUGGUAUCACCUCUUUGCCAUCUGAAGAUUCUGUCUCUCAUAGAAGGAGAAGAUUGGAGUACCUGGCGAUGCAGGAAGAACUUAUCAAGGAGGAGGAAGAGAAACAGGAAGAAGAGAGGGCUAGGCUGAAGGAAUCUCAAAUUAGUCAAGAAGACAUUGCCCUGAAAGAGACGGUCUUUUCAACUGCAAGGGAAGCACAAGAACAAGCUAGAGCAAGAACAAUGGAAAAGCGUGAGGAUCUCUGUCAGUUGAGCCGUGCACUGGCCGUCUUAGCAUCAGCAUCUUCAGUAAGUCGAGAGCGCGAAGAGUUCUUGCAGCUUGUCAGCAAAGAGAUAGAACUUUACAACAGUAUAGUGGACAAAGAAGGCACAGAUAGUCAGAGACAGGCAAUCAAGGCAUACAUAGCUGCACGAGGAGAAAGUGAUAAGCCUGCUGAGGUCUCUGAACAGGAUGCUGUUUCUUCUGCCCUCAUAGAUAAGGUUGAUGCUAUGCUUCAAAACCUAGAAAAGGAAAUUGACAAUGUUGAUGCCGUGAUUGGUGACCGUUGGCGGCUACUGGAUAGGGACUACGACGGGAAAGUGACCCCCGAAGAGGUAGCAGCUGCCGCUUUGUAUUUGAAGAAUACACUUGGCAAGGAUGGCAUUCAAGAACUGGUUAGCAGUCUUUCAAAAGACAGAGAUGGGAAGAUUUUGGUCAAAGAAAUUGUCAGAUUGGGCAGUCAGACUGAUGAUGCCGAUGAAGCCGAUGAAUGCAGGGGUUAAUGGUAAUACAGUUCGAACUUAUCUUAAGCGGUUGCAUCUCGUCCAUUGGAUCUAGAGUAGGAUUUUCAAUUGUUGAGCAUUACUUCUAGUAGGAAAAUAGCAUCAUUCCGGUUCAUAAUCGUAGCUGAUAGUACGUAAUUCUUCCCCUUCCUCCCGUCUUCCCCUUGGUGUUGCUUUUGCUAUGAUGCCCUGGGAGAGAGAGAAGCUGUAGUCAUCAUGUACAAAAAAUAACGUGCUUCGUUCUAGAGACUAGAGGAGGAUGUGCUUUUUGUUUCCGUAUAGAAAAAGAAAAAUCGAGACAUGAGAUGAUACGGGAAAAUUUGUUUUGUAUGUAAUAGCAAAUUGAUGACGGAGAGCGAGCUCAUGCGCCAUCUCUCAUGCAGUCGGUUUUAUUGUUUCUUGAAUAUACUUUCUCGUGUUUGGUGGCGCA